AUGGAGCCUCCCGCCGAAUAUGCUCGUCUGCGGGCCACUGAUCCGGUGUCGAGGGUUGAGCUCUUUGACGGGAGCCUUGCUUGGUUAGUAACCAAGUACAAGGAUGUGACCUUUGUAGCAACGGAUAACAGGCUGUCCAAGAUUAGGACGCGUCCGGGUUUCCCCGAGCUAAGUGCUGGUGGCAAAGAGGCGGCAAAGGCCAAACCGACGAGCAUGGUGAACCAUUUCUUCACCCCCGAGUAUAUCAAGUCGUUGCAGCCGUAUAUCCAGAAGACUGUGGAUGAUCUCCUCGAUGCGUUAAAGGCCAAAGGGUGUGCCUCUGGGCCCGUUGACUUGGUCAAGGAAUUCGCACUCCCAGUGCCCUCAUUUAUCAUCUACAGCAUUCUUGGAGUCCCGUUCGAGGACCUUAAGUUUCUCACGGAACAAAAUGCUAUCCGCACCAAUGGCAGUGCAUCCGCGAGAGAGGCAUCAGCCGCUAGCAAGGGACUUCUCGAGUAUCUCGAAAAGCUGGUCGAUCUGCGGGCUGCGGCCCCAAAGGACGACCUCAUCAGCAAGCUGGUAGUGGAGCAAAUGAUUCCUGGAAACAUCUCCAAGGCCGAUGUUGUUCAGAAUGCGUUCCUGCUUCUCGUUGCAGGGAAUGCGACCAUGGUGAAUAUGAUAGCGCUCGGUGUCGUGACGCUUUUCCAGCACCCAACUCAACUUGCUGAGCUGACGGCUGAUCCAUCACUUGCACCUGCAUUUGUGGAAGAGCUGUGUCGCUACCACACUGCUUCUGCCAUGGCCAUUAAGCGGACAGCCAUGACGGACAUUGAAAUCGGGGGAAAGGUACUUGUCAAGGCGGGCGAGGGCGUUAUCGCGUCGAACCAGUCGGCUAAUCGAGAUGAAGAGAUAUUUACACGACCAGACGAGUUCGACAUGCACCGCAAGUGGCCGAGCCAAGAUGCGCUCGGCUUCGGCUUCGGCGAGCAUCGAUGCAUUGCAGAGGGUCUGGCCAAGGCGGAGCUGACGACUGUGUUUUCGACUCUGUUCCAGCAGCUUCCCAAUCUCAAGAUUUCAGUGCCAAUUCCUGAGAUUAAGUAUACACCUCUGCAUAAAGACGUUGGUAUACAAGAAUUACCUGUAACAUUUUAA